GUGUGAAAAUAGUGAUUAAUUUAAUUUAACUUCGUACCGUACAACACAACUUUGCGAUAAUUGCGCGUAUAUUUCGAGUAAUAUACGAUUUUACUAUCCGAGGACAUGUUCCGACAAUUGUUUUCGGUAAAAAUUGUGUUGUGGCCGGACUUAUCACGAAACAUUGCUUACGACUUGCUGAUUCAUAGAGAGCCGAUUUCAGACUUCGCGAUUUAUUUUUGAGCAGGAGUACAUCAAAGUGGAGAACUAUCUUGACCUGUAUUCGUAUUAUCAGCAAGAUAAUAUACCGGACAUCCAGUCAGCGGCGUGGCCGUUUGACCCCUCAACGACACCAUCGGAAGAUCAAUAUUGGCAGCCGCCUCCUGUAGAUCCCUGUCCUAAGGAAUUAAAAAAAGGCGGGAAGCCUAUUACGAACCUGGCUUGCUUAAGCGCUUACAUGGCGGGGUAUCUUUUGAAACAAGGUGCCCAAUGCCCAACUGGAAACACGCAAUACCAUCCGCACUCCCAUCAUGGCAUGGGAGUUUCAGCUCAUCCUCAUUCUCACUCGCAUGGGCAUCCAGGGUCUGGGCACCCUGGACUAUCGCCGUUUGCCCUUGCUGGACACGGGCAUCCCCAUGGACAUCCUCUUGAACACGGACUUGCUGGAUUUCCUCAGGGCGUUACUCAGCGAAAACAAAGGCGAGAGCGCACGACGUUCAGCAGAGCGCAACUAGACGUUCUCGAGGGAUUAUUCACGAAAACAAGAUAUCCCGACAUAUUUAUGCGCGAAGAAGUUGCCAUGAAAAUAAGCCUGCCCGAAUCACGAGUCCAGGUCUGGUUCAAAAACCGUCGGGCAAAGUGUCGCCAGCAACUCCAACAGCAGCAACAACAAGCUCAAGGCCAACAAGCCCAAACAACGCCACCCAAGACUUCAUCUAGGUCUUCCCAGCCAACGACUGCCUGCAGUAAGCCCCAGCCCCAAGCUCAGCCGACUUCCAACCAGACGAACGUGACAACAACUGGUCCAGUGAACCGUCGUGCUUCCCCAGUGUCACCACCACGAGGCAAGGAAGCUCCAGUGUCAAACUCCUCACCUUUGAUGCCCACCAACACGCCAGUUUACCCUCGCCUGGGCACCACUCCAACUGGAGGCAGUGGAGCCAGCAGCGCUUUGACCACUCCAUCACCUCCAUUGACUCCAGGGUCCAGCCAGCUUCCUCCGUCGUCGUAUCCUCCGCCGAUAAACCAGAUCCACCAUGGCGACUACGGAUUCUGGAGCUCGGCAUCUUCAGGAAACGCUGGUCAGUGCUACGCGGGACAGCCCGCCUAUAAUGGCUAUCAGAAUCAUUAUUCUGAUAACUACUACCAGACCCAGCUCUCUCACAUGCACCACAGCCCCCAGAGCAACUACCACCACCAUCACCACCAUUCCCAGUAUCACCAUAACAUGUCGUUAAGCUCCUCCAUGUCCCACCUGGGCCAUCAUCAUCUGAAUUCCCCGAACGAUAUCGCGUCCUCUCCCGGUGAUUCUUCUGACACUUACAUCCUCCCGGAGCAGAAGUACCAGGCGAUGGUCUAGCGUCCGGUAGUCAAGACUUCUGAUCUCUUCAACCUUCGCUUUCAAUCAAAUUCGUCCCAAUCAUCGUCAUCCGCACUCAACAUCAGUGAUACUGAUAAUGACAACGGCGAAAAUGAUCAUGAUCAUGAUAUUGACUCUUAGAUUAAGGAGUUGUACGUGGAUUAAAGAUCUUGCUUAAUUAUGAAGUUUUGCAGGUGAUCAUAAAAGUUUGGUUAAACAUUUUUGAUCUCGUUUUCGCGUUUUCAAUCUCUUUAGGUUACAUUGCCUGAGAUCUUUGCUCUUUUCGUCUGGCAAUGUAUCCGCGGAAAAAAUUUAACAUCGAGAUUAUGUUUGGCAAAAAUUUCUUUGAAACUUAAAACGCCGAGCCGGGUUUUAAUGUUGAGUUUAAUUUGGUGAGUCUGCUUUUUCUUUUUUUUUUUUUUGCAAGUAAUUAUUGCAUUUUUAACAUCCAAUAGCUGCAUAUGAAGGCCAACUGAGAAAUUUUAGGCUAAAAUUUGAUCUACUGAGCGGAUCUAUCAAUUCUUUACUGAUUGAUAGAAGAAAUUUUGAACCAACAAAUUAAUUUUGAAGAGUUUCUUUGUCUUAAAGUGUGUGGAAAAUUUUUAAGCCGCGAGAACUUAGUUCAAAAAUUUUUCUACAUGAUUUAAGACAAAAAAAUUUUUAAAAAUAAUUUUUUGGUGAGAAUUAAACUGAUUUUUUUGCUAGUAAAGGUUUUUUUGAAAAAUGAUUACAUAUAAGAAGUCCUUAUAAAGUGAUAUUGCCGAGUAAAAAUAACUUAUAUUACAAGGCGUUUUUGUUUCUAGUCAUGAAACCCUCCAAAUAAUUUUUGUUAAAUUAAUUUCAUGUUAAAUUUUUUUCGUUAAUUCUGAAAAUUCUAUUGGUGUUUUCACUUUUGAUCUUUCGAAUUUAUUAUCAAAGAUUAAAAGUUAGAUUGAAACUUUAUGAACUAAAUUUGUUGAUAGCUAUAAAUUAUUUUGAAUUAAGGUAAAGUAGCUGCUCAGGAACCAGUAACUGCUCACUUCAUGUAUUUAUAUAUCUAUAUUCACAAAUGCAGUUAUAAAAAUACAUUAAAUGAGCAGGUACUGGUUCCUGAACAGCUACUGGGUACUUUACCUUAAAAGUAAUUAUUAUUUUUGAAUUAGAGGUUUAAAAAUUAAUUUUUUUUCUUUUGCUUAAGCUUGUACAGUUGUUUAUAAUUGAAUGAGGUAAUGCUUAAAUUAUAUUAAUAAUUGUACAUUGAUAAAAAAUUAAUAAAAUAACUAAGCCGCGUUUUUUCUUUAAAUACGGGGGAAUUUGUUAAUAAUUAAUUAUUUGUAGAUAGAAGAUUGAAGAUCCAUAUCAAAGAAAAUUUGUAAAUAUAUAAAUAUCUUAUAUUAUAUUAUAUUAUGUAUAAAUAUCGAUAUAAGUUAAUUUUGAGUACUGCUGAUUAAUUUAAUAUAAUGUAAUGUAAUUAUAAUGAUAAUGAUUAUCCUGUUUAAAUUGUUUACCGCAGAGUAAUCAUCAAGGGGCGCAUCAAGUAAUUAAAUAUAUACAUAUAUAUUUAUUGAACUUGAUUAUUUUAUUGAUAAUGCAAAUACGGAAGCUCUUGAUUAUUACGGUAGCAUAUAAUCGCAUGAAGCUGUGGAAUAGACUGUAAACAAUUAAGCUAAGAUUAUUGAUUAAUAUAAAUAUUAACUAGUUA